CUUGCUUCUAUGACAUUAUGGCUCAAUCCUUGACUGUAUUUAAACAUGAUAAUCGACACCCAUUUUAUCGUAGAUGGACAACAGAAGAAGAUAAACAAUUAUCAAAAGCAGUAGCAGAUCAUGGACCUCAUCAAUGGACAUUGAUAGCCAGUUUUGUUCCUGGAAGAACAGCUAUUCAAUGUUCUUCAAGAUGGUUUGGUGCACUCAAUCCUCAUGUACAUAAAGGAAAAUGGUCCCCACAAGAAGAUAAAGCCUUGAUGGAAGCAGUCCAUCAGUUCAAAUCAAAGAAUGCCUUACCAUGGAAUAAAAUAGCACAAUCUAUUCCUUGUCGCACAGGCAUUCAAUGUCAAGCGAGAUGGACUGAAGCACUAGACCCUUCUGUUCGAAAAGGGAGAUGGCAUCCUGAAGAAGAUAAACUGCUUUAUGCAGCCAUUCAUACGUAUGGUUGUUGUUGGAUUCGAGUGGCUAGUAUGAUUCCAACACGUACUCAAAGACAGUGUCGUACACGCUACCAUCAAAUUCGCUUACAGCAACUCAAAAAAAGAAAAGACCAAGAUGAUACGAGUUCUUGUUCUUCUGUAGAUAUUCCAUUGUAUUCUAGUAUAAACAUUCCAGCCAAUUUAGAUGAAUUUGAUGAUUUAAUAGACUAUUCACUCUAAGAGAGUGCACUCCCACUCAUACGCGUA